AUGGCCGGCACUUGGUGCCACACCCACCACCCAAGCCCACCUCAUUCUGGCCCGCACCCCACCUCCUUUUGGACUCCCUGGACUUCCCCUUUCCCCUCCAACUCGGCCCAAUGGCCAGCCACAAAGCCCACCCGAAACUCUGGCCACAAACGUGCACACCCUGGACACCCUCCCGCGCGGGACGACGCACGCGCGCCUGUCGCCCGACGCCUCGACGCCCGCCCUCGCCUCGGGAAGACGCUCGCCUCCUCGUAUCCUUCCCUGACGCCUCGAGAGCCCGCACGCCCCCUCGACUCCCUCCCGCUCGCUGCCACUGUCCCCCUCGCAGGAUUGGCCGAGGCCGCCGCCCGUCGCCCGUCCCUUGCCCUCCUCCGCCUAUAUAAGGCCACCACCGCGCCCACUCCACCCUCACACCACCCCACUCCUUCCCCACCCCCACUUACGCUCCAGAGAGCGCCCAGGGCGCUGCUCUGGGCUGCUGCCCUUCCCCGGCGAAGCCCUGCCGCGAUCGACGCCGGAGAAGUGGAGGUGCUGCGGGAGCUCCGCCAACUGCCGCCCUCCCUCCCUUCUCUCGGCCUCCUCCCUGCCUUCCUCUCCGUUGCCCUAACCCUUUCCUCGCCGUGCCAGGACGACCGGAGAACGCUGCCGCGCCAAAACUCGCUGCCGGACGCCGCGUACACGGAGGGACCGCCGGAGCCCGGGAGCAAGGAGGAGAAGCCGCCGAGCCGCCCCUGGACCAGCCCGCGACGCUCCCGCGCCACCCUGCUGCCGCCGUCGACGCCCGCCGAUCGCCGGAGUUCUACAACUCGAAAUUAA